ACAAAGUUGUGGAAAAGUUUAUUUUAUUUUUUGAAAAAUAGAACACAAUAUAGGAUUCGAAUCUUUAAAAUAUUUAUAACACAGUAGAUGACUCGAAUCUGAAAAAUAUUUUUUAAAAAGUAGAACACAGAAUAAAUUUUAAAUUUUAAUAAAUUGGUUUUGCUGAAAAAUAGAUAGGUUGCUAGAUGGAUAUCCCUCAGAUAACAAAAAUAAAAUAAAUUGGUCCAUUCAACUUGCUGAAAUUCGAGCUUGAUCUAUAUAACUUUCACUAUAUAUAUCUAGUUUAACUUUAACUUGUGUUUUUUUUUGUCAUCAACAUAUACAGACUCAUACAAACUCUAUGAAUCAAACUGGUAACUCUACGUCCAUGUAAACGACGAAAGACGUUCACUUAUAUAAAACUUGUGUUUUAAAAUUAAAAUUUUAACUCUAAGUUAUAAACAAAAAUUUGGCAAUCUCAUAUUUAGAAGAAAAAAAAACAGGAUGAAAUUAUCAGAUCAUUUUGCUUUCAUUUAUUUUCAUCAUUAUUUUCUUACAUCAAAUGACUAUUAUAUUAGUCCAGUUUGAAAUGAAACAGAAAACUACACCAAAACAAAAUAAUCUUUAAAAACAAAUCUCCGUGACGACCUCGUAGUUUCGGGCUUUUUAGCAGAACAGAAGUCUCAGUCUGUGAGACGCAUCCCAAAAAUGUAAGAGAUAGAAAAGAUGAGAAUCACGCAAAAUCUUUGAGUUCCAUUAAAAAUUGUGUCAUUCAUCUCGAUGGUAAUAUCAUCGCGAUCAUAUUUUAGUAAUCCAUCCGAAAGACUUGAAAGAUGAAAUUGUUGGAGCAUACAUUGCAUUACCUAAAAAUGCUUUAAAUUACGCAUGUAAAAGAGACAACCAUCGGUGCGGAUAAUUAGAGACACCUAACAAACUAUACGAGCCAUCCACACCCAUCUGAGACCACUGAAAGAGGCGUCAUAAUGCCAAGAACCACCAACAAGACAUCUGUCCUUCAAAUAUAUGAUGGUUUGAGGAUGGAGAGGGUUUUGAAGUGAAAUCAAGUUUUCAAUAUUCAAGUUUGCAACAUGCCGCACCCAACUCUCAUUUUCCGAAUGCAACGAUGUUAUUGAUUUGCGAUUAGUUCUUUAAAAAAACUUAUGGUUUCGAGUUUUUCAAAGGUUGCAGUUGCGAGAGUUUGCGAAUGCGGAUGGUUGCGGUUUCUACCGGUUUUAACAGAUUUGUAGGACUGGUUCUACGGUUAGAAAUUGGUGCGUUUACGGGAUACUUAUGACUAAUUAACUACCAAAUACAACAACAAUUAAAUAAUAAAUUAAUAAUAUUUACAUUUUAUAUUAAUUAUAAAAAUAUCAAAAAUCAUAAUAUUAUAAUAAAUAUAAAAUUAUAUUUAGAAAGUUAUAGUUUAAAUUUUUUUAAAAAUUAUAGAAAAUAUUUUUAUUUUAAAAUUUUAUAAUAUUAAUUAAAAUAUAAUAGAUAUAUUUUAGUAUUUUUAUAAUUCUAAUUUAAAAUUUUUAUUAAAUAUUUUUAUUUUUGUAUUUAUAUUGUUUUAAGAAAAAAGAAAAAACAUUAUCCUCCCGCAACCGCCCACAACCGCAAACGCUAGAUAAAACCAGCUUUUGAAUUUAUGAGGAUUAGAGCGGUUUGGAGCGGUUUGGAACGGUUUUAGCGAUUGUUGCAAAACGCUAAUAACCGCUAACAGUCGCAAAAAUUGUGUUGGCGGAUAGUAGCGGGGAAAAACCAGUCAAACCCUAAAUAAUCCGCAGAUAAAGAUUGUUGUCGUCUUCUAAAAUCCUCAAUUUUUGAUUUCCACUAGAAUAGGAAAUUACUUGGGUAAAGGAGUGCUGGAGAACACAUAUUUGUAACUAGGCCUGGGCAUUUCAGGUAUCGGUUCGGUUCGGGUAUUUCGGAUUUUAGGUAGUUCGGAUAGGGGCUAGAGGAUCCAUUUAGUACUUGACCUAUUUUCGGUUCGGUUUGGAUAGUUUCGGGUUCGGUUCUGUUAAGAUAGUAAAUGUAGGAACCGAAAAUUAUCCGGAAAAAGUUUGGUUCUCAUUUGGAUCCGGUUCGGGUUCGGAUAGUUCGGGUAGUUCGGAUAAUUUGGAUAAAAUAUCGGUUAUUUAGGGUAAAAUAUCAAAUAAUUAUGAUGAUUUAGAUAAAAAUUUUCGAUAUUUCAGAUUACUUUGGAUAUUUCGAAUAAAACUAUCCGGAUAGUUUCGGAUAUUUUGGAUACUUUAUAAUAAUUUAGUUAUCCUCAACUAUUUCCAGAUACUUUUAAUAGAAUUUUAAAUUAAAAAUAUAUAUUUAGUGAUGUUAUAUGUAUAUAUAAUUAAUAUUUUUAUAUAUUCGGGUAUUCGUUCGAUUUUUGGUUCGGUUCUGGUUCGGUUCAGUUAUUUUGGAUAUAAAAAUAUAGAAACCGUUCGGGUAUUUGAGGGUAUUGGUCCCGUUCCGGUUUCGGAUAUUUCGAUUCGGUUCCUGUUCAGUUCUUCGGUUCCGGUUAUAUUGUCCAUGCUUAUUUGUAACGCAAGAUAGAAGUUAAAUAUGACAUGGUUUAUAAAUUCUUCAUGUGCUCAACAUAAGCAGUGAUUAUCAAAUCUCAUUUUUAUUAAUUAAACAUAUCUCAGACUUUUAUGUGAGAUUUUUUUAUGCUAUUUAUUAUGACAGAUUUUGUGAUAAUUUUCCAUCACAAUUUAAAAAAAAAAUCAUUAUUAAUUGGGCCUGUCAAGUAAUCAGCCCACUUGUUCUUUGGGUCCAUCCCAUGUACCUAUAAUAAACAUCCAAAAGAUUAGAGAAGUGAAGACAGAACAGAGUAGAGUUUGAAUCUUCAGCAGUGAGCUUCCUCCUCUGUAAACAAAAACCAUGAACAAACAAAUGUCUUCCGCCAAACUCUCCCGACUCUUCAACAUCACAACUAAAAACCAAACACCUUCCCCGCUCCCAAUCUCAGACAAACAAACCGCCGCAAGAAUCACAACCUACCUCCAAAAAUCAACCGCCGGAAAACUCCAAUCAAACCCAUCUCUCCUCUUCAACCUAAACCCAAACGUAACCCUUCUCGUCCUCUCCUCACCAUCUCUCCCAACCCAAUCAUGCGUCGACUUCUUCAAGCUCCUCAACACAUUCGAAUCCCACCUCAAACCCGACCUCCCCGCGGCUAUAGCCCUGUCCCACCGCCUGUACACCGACCGUAGAUUCGGCGAGAUGAAGUCUCUCCUGAACUCAGUCUCCACCGAUGGGGCUGAGAUCAUAGGAAGCGUUUGUGUUUACGAAGGAAAGGUCGAGUUUUUGGAAACUUUAUUCGAUUUGAUGAUUAGGGUUUAUGUGGAUAAGGGGAUGUUCCAAGAGGGUCUAAGGGUUUUCGAUUACAUGGUGGAGAAAGGGAUGAGAAUCGAUGAGAGAUCGUGCAUUGUGUUUCUUGUAGCUGCGAAGAAACGGUUGGAGAUUGAUCUUUGUUUGGAGGUUUUCAAGCGGAUGGUUGAUUGUGGAGUGAGGAUAACUGUUUACUCGUUGACAAUUGUGGUCGAAGUGUUGUGUAGAAGAGGUGAGGUUGAGAAGAGUAGGAAGCUGGUGAGAGAGUUUUAUCGAAAAGGAAUCAAGCCUGAAGCGUACACUUACAACACCAUCAUCAACGCUUAUGUUAAAGUUAGAGACUUUUCCGGCGUGGAGGAGGUUUUGAAGGAGAUGAGGAAAGGUGGAGUGGGGUAUAACAAGGUUACGUAUACGCUUUUGAUGGAGAUGAGUGUGAAGAACGGGAGGAUGGGUGAUGCGGAGAAGCUGUUCGACGAAAUGCGUGAGAGAGGGGUGGAGUUAGAUGUUUAUUUGUACACUUCUAUGAUAAGUUUGUGUUGUAGAAAAGGGAAUGUGAAGAGAGCGUUUUUGUUGUUUGAUGAGUUGGUGGAGAAGGGACUUUCGCCGAGUAGUCAUACCUACGGGGCGCUUAUUGAUGGGGUGUGUAAGGUAGGGGAGAUGGGUGCGGCUGAGAUAUUGAUGAACGAAAUGCAAAGCGGAGGGGUUGAUAUCACUAAGGUUGUGUUCAAUACGUUGAUUAAUGGGUACUGUAGGAAAAGGAUGAUUGAUGAGGCGUUAGCGGUUUACGACGUGAUGGAGAAGAAAGGGUUUGAAGCGGAUGUUUUCACUUUUAAUACUAUUGCUAGCUGUUUGAAUCGAUUGAAAAGGUAUGAUGAGGCAAAGGAAUGGAUUUUCAGGAUGAUGGAAGGUGGUGUGAGGCUUAACACGGUUAGUUAUACUAAUUUGAUCGAUGUUUACUGCAAAGAAGGGAACGUUGAGGAGGCAAAGAGGCUCUUUGUGGAGAUGAGCAGUAAGGGAGCAGAGCCUAACGCGAUUACGUAUAAUGUGAUGAUUGAUGCGUACUGCAAGCAAGGGAAAGUGAAGGAAGCUCGUAAACUAAGGGCCGACAUGGAAGCGAAAGGGAUGGCUCCGGAUUCAUAUACCUACACAUCGCUUAUACAUGGGGAAUGUAUUGUUGACAACGUGGACGAAGCAUUGAGGCUCUUUAGGGAGAUGGGGUCUAAGGGUUUGGACCAGAGUUCUGUAACAUACACGGUGAUGAUCUCGGGUUUGUCCAAAGCUGGAAAAUCAGACGAAGCCUUUGGAUUUUAUGAUGAAAUGAAGAGGAAAGGGUUUACAAUAGAUCAUAAGGUUUAUACUGCACUCGUUGGAAGCUUGCAUUCACCCGAGACUUAGUACAUGAUCGUCAAAGUAAGAUCUGUUUGAAGUGGUAAACCUUGAGAUCUACUACCAGUUGAUUGUUGAAACAGUUAUUUUAUCAGGACCCCUUUUUCUGAGAGAUUCUUUGAAGGAGUUGGAGUGAAGUAUAGACAGACCCUGAUUUGGAGUGUCUACGCUGUAAAGAAAACAAAGCUCAACUCUUUUGGUAUGUUAUAUUAUUAUACAUUGUCUGUCCAGUAAACAAAGCCUUUGGACCUUUAUGUAAAGUUGAUUUCUAAGGAGUUCUCUGGAAUCCUGUGCACCAAAUCUAAGGAUUGAGAUGUUGCUUCUGUGUCUAUAUGAAUGAAGAGCUAGAGAAGGCAAAUAUUUAUGUA